CACCCUGCGACGACAAACCUCCAACACCGACAAGAUGCCGUCCAACAGACUGACCUACCGCCGCCGGGCUCCCUACAACACCAAGUCGAACAACGUUCGCGUCAUCAAGACCCCCGGUGGCCAGCUCAGGUACCUGCACAUCAAGAAGCGGGGCACCACCCCCAAGUGCGGUGACUGCGGCAACAAGCUCGCGGGUGUUCCUGCCCUCCGUCCCCGCGAGUACGCCACCAUCUCCCGCCCCAAGAAGACCGUCCAGCGCGCCUACGGUGGUUCGCGGUGCGCCAACUGCGUCAGGGACCGCGUCGUUCGCGCUUUCCUGAUUGAGGAGCAGAAGAUCGUCAAGAAGGUGCUCAAGGAGUCCCAGCAGAAGAAGCGCUAAACGGGUCAUGAUCUGUUGAGGGAAAGUUACGUUUGCGGACGGAGUCAGCGGAUGCAUAUUCAAAAGGAUGGGCUUCUUCGGCUUGUUGGGCGCAGUAAUCCUGUGCCAGCAUCAGUUCGUCGGAAACUGGGAGGUAACGAGCGGACUGUCACAUGAAUAAAAGCAAUCUCCCAAAGGUCGCCCGC